CGUAUUUCGCGUACUAUGGACGACCAAAGAGUCUUGUUAGCCAUGUUAGCUAAUAGGUUGUUGUUUGUAUAUGUUGUGUUGAGUCAGGGAAGCUGCAGUGUUAGCGUCAGUGCGACGGAUGUGCCGGGAUACAAGACGCGUUAUGUUGAAGUACAGGUUGACCACUUUAGCUUUGCGAACCCAGACACCUUCCUGCUGCGAUACCUGGUCAACGACACCUAUUUCAAAGAUGGAGGCCCAAUUUUCUUCUACACAGGGAAUGAAGGGGAUAUUGAAGGCUUCGUCAAGAAUACAGGGUUGUUAAUGGAGAUGGCACCUAGGUUUGGUGCGAUGGUCAUCUUUGCAGAGCAUCGCUACUAUGGGCAGUCUAUGCCUUACGGAGAGGAGUCGUUUAAGGACCCCGCCCACCUGGGUUACCUGACGUCGACCCAAGCACUGGCGGACUUCGCCGUCCUGAUCACCCGUCUGAGGAAAACCGCUUCCGGGGCCGCGAACAGCCCCGUCUUCGCUUUUGGAGGGUCGUAUGGGGGCAUGCUCGCCGCCUGGAUACGGAUGAAGUAUCCCCACCUAGUGGCAGGGUCCCUUGCCUCUGCUGCAUCUAUAUUCCAGUACCCAGGGAUCACAGACUGCGAGGCGUACUCUCACGUCGCCACCAGGACCUUCCAGCGGUCAGCAGCAGGCUGUCCGGGACGGAUCAGGUCUUCUUGGGACAUCAUUGAUGACUUAGGGAAGACAGGUGCAGGCCUCCAAAACCUGACGUCGAUGUUCCGUCUGUGUGAGCGGCUGACUGCAGACGACAUGCCUGCCCUGGUGGACUGGCUGGUGAACCUGUGGAUGAUCUAUGCCCUGAUAGACUACCCGUACCCUGCAAACUUCCUCACACCACUGCCGGCCUGGCCUGUCAAGGAAGCUUGUCACCUGAUAGUAAGCAAUGAGGAUGUGCUGUCUGGUGUUGCAGCUGCAGCAAAGCUGUACUUCAACUACACAGGACAGACGGCCUGUCUGGACAUCUCAAAACCAUACUACGGGGGCCUGGCAUGGCAAUAUCAGGCCUGUACGGAGCAGAUUGAGCCGAUAUGUUCGGACGGCGUGAACGACAUGUUCCCCGCCAUCCCGUGGGACCUGUCAGCGUUCUCGGAGGCCUGCUACGAGAGGUGGAAGGUCAGACCUCGGCCGCACUGGGCGGUGACGGAGUACUGGGGUCGGAACAUCAGCGCAGCCAGCAACAUUAUCUUCAGUAACGGUGACCUUGACCCCUGGUCAGCUGGGUGUGUUCUGAAGUCCCUGUCAGACUCCCUGGUUGCCAUAGUGAUGGAGGACGCCGCCCACCACCUCGACCUUCGACCCAGCAACCCUGCUGACCCCCCCUCUGUCAUAAAGGCCCGAGCACAGGAGGCGGAUAUCAUCGAAAAGUGGAUACAGGAAUAUCGUGCAGCAGGGUUGUAGCCAGCCUGAAAUCAUUUUCUGUCCGCUCGAUU